GAUUAAAUUCCCGAUCAGGAAGACGGUAGCGUGGCCUGUAUGUAGAUCUCUUGUUGAUCUACUUUUCACAGACAGAAGGGUUCUUUUCUGGAGGCGUUUUCUCGUUUACUGUCUUCAACGCAAAGAUCACAGGUGCAACAUGUGUGGUAUAUGGGCGAUAUUCGGCAGUGAUGAGGAUGUGUCCAAGCAGUGCGCCAGCGCGCUCAGGAUCGGACACCGCGGGCCCGACUGUUUCCGUCUCGAGAACAUCAACCACUUCAAGAACUGCUGCUUCGGCUUCCACCGAUUGGCCAUCGUGGGCGACAUCUACGGCAUGCAGCCAAUGAGAGUCCACAGAUAUCCCCAAAUAUGGCUGUGCUACAACGGAGAAAUCUACAACUACAGAAGGGUAGCUGAGCAGUUUGGGUUCAACUAUGAGACAGACUGUGACGGUGAGGCCAUCAUCAGUCUCUACAUGCACGGUGGGAUCGAGUUCGCUGCCAAACACCUGGACGGAGUCUUCGCUUUUAUUCUCCUGGACACACAGCAGAAGAGGGUGUACCUUGGGCGUGAUACCUACGGAGUGCGUCCCAUGUUCCGCCUGCUGAAGGAUGAUGGCUUUCUGGCCGUCUGCUCGGAGGCUAAGGGGUUGAUGGGGUUGAGCCAUGGCCAUGAUGAUCACGAGGUUGACAUUGAACCCUUCCCACCUGGUCACUUUGCGUCAUACGACCUUAGUCCCAACGGCAAGGUCACCCUGAGGGAAUGUGCCAGGUUCCACAAGAUCGGAGACAUGCCCAAGUACGAUGCUCUCGUCAAGCCACAGGAGGAGAACGACAUUUAUGCUAACAUCCGAGGUCUGUUAGAGGGGGCAGUGAAGAAACGACUGAUUGGUGGUCGUCGGAUCGGCUGCUUGCUAUCAGGUGGUCUGGACUCCAGUCUGAUCUCUGCACUCCUGCUGAAGCAUGCUAAGAAGUCUGGCAUCAUCUACCCCGUCCAGACUUAUGCCAUCGGGAUGGAGGGCAGUCCUGAUGUGGAGGCUGCCAGGACGGUUGCGAAGUACAUUGGCAGUGAGCACCACGAAGUGUCCUUCACCCCAGAGGAGGGGAUCCAGGCCAUCGAGGAUGUCAUCUACAGUCUGGAGAGCUAUGACAUCACCACCAUCCGGGCAUCUGUAGGUAUGUACCUGGUGUCCCAGUACAUCCGCACCAAGACAGACUCUGUCGUCAUUUUCUCCGGGGAGGGAUCUGAUGAGCUCGCUCAAGGAUACAUCUACUUCAACAAGGCUCCGUCUGCAGAGGAGGCGGAUGCGGAGAGCCGGCGGUUACUAGGUGACCUGUACAUGUAUGACGUCUUGAGGGGGGACAGAACAACAAGUGCUCAUGGCCUGGAGCUGCGUGUGCCCUUCCUGGACCACAUGUUCACCGGCUACUACCUGUCCCUGCCAGCCGAGGUCAGGCGAGCCAAGGACGGGAUCGAGAAGUACACCCUGCGCAAGGCGUUUGACGGAACGGGCCUCCUGCCCGAUGAGAUCUUGUGGCGCCCAAAAGAGGCCUUCAGCGACGGUGUGUCGUCGGUGAAGAAAUCGUGGUACGAAACCCUCCAGGAGUACGUGGAAGAGCAGAUCAAUGACCAGAUGAUGGAAGAUGCCCCCAAGACCUUCCCGUUUAACCCUCCACGUACCAAGGAGGCUUACUACUUCCGCCAGAUCUUUGAGAAACACUUCCCCAGCAAGUCCAAGUGGAUCCCUUACUACUGGAUGCCGCGGUGGAGCAAGACCAACGACCCCUCUGCUCGCACACUCAAACACUACAAGGAAUCCUCAGCCUAAGGAGAAGAGACACCUUGCAGUGUGUUGCAGUACUGCAAUAUAUAUUUCUUGCCAGAAAUGAUGGUUUGAUAAUCAGUGAUGUCACCAAAAAUUUUUAAAAAUUUAAGUUUUUGAAUAAUAUAAAACGUGCAGGUAAAAACAUGAAAAGUUUGUACUGUGGCUGUGGCCUCUGGAUGUUUGUUGUACCAUUCUGUGCAAUUGAAAGUUUUUGCUCCACUAUUGGUGAUUCUUGUAUUCCCUCAUAUUUUCGUCCACUUUGGGAAGAAAUUGGCAGUUGGAAAGUAAUUCAAAUGUGCAGUUUUUACUUUUGAUUUUACAGUUUAUUGAAUUUUUUCAUUUCUGUUGAUGAUUCAAGCAAAGUUUAAAAUGUCACUCAGGAAGCGAUUCCAAAAAAGGUAUUUUUAUUCCAGCUCAUUGACCGAAAUACGGAUCAUGUUUUCGUUACAUUAUUGUGAUCAUUGCUCACAAAUUUUUGGUGUUUUCCAUGUGUAAAAAUUAUGAAUAAGAAGCCCACCUUUGAGAUUGAAACAUUUUGUUUAGGAGCAUACUUCACAAUAAUUUAUAGUAUUUAGUGGAACACAUGUCAGUCCAUGUCAAUUACAAACUUUCACACUCUCCACACAUUAUAGACAAUGUGGAAUAUUGCAGUAACUCAAUAAGAUACAGUACACAUUAUUAUUUAAUACAAUUCAAUUGAAAAGAGGAAUCUUAAAAAGUGAGUUGUUGACUAUCAGUUUAGUGUCUGGCUACUUCUAUCCUACCUCUUGAAGUUACCGCUUUGCCUCAAAUUGCUGAAAUCAACAAAAGGGAAAGUCUGCAAAUAUGGGAUGUUUUCAUUGUUGCAAGAUGGCAGAUACAAGAACUGGUACUUGUGAAUAAUACCCGUUGUCCUGUGGUAAUGUGAUUUUUCAUGUCACAUUCUGGCUCCUUUGUAUCACGGGAAGGCUUUUUUUCUCAGCCUCCAAAAUUUACACUUAAGAUUUGUAAUACUUUAUAUUUUAAAUGUCCCAAACUUUACUAUCUAGUAGCCACAGUGUUUGCCAACUGUGAAACAUGAUAUUUAUUUUAUUGAACGAAAUAUGGUAUUCUUGUGGUGAGGUUGUCAAAAUAUAGUCUAUAGCAAUCAUGUAUAAAAUUAGCCAAUAGACUAAUGUAUCUUAGUAGGAUCAGCUAUAGCACAGUUUAAGCAUCAUGAACUUUAUGGGAGUUUUUCCUUGAUUAUUUUAUGAAUUAAAUACCAUUCUGCAACA